AUGUCUUUACAAAAUAACAAGGAACAAGGUAUCUAUUUUGAAAGACGCUGUGAUUCUUGCAAGAAAUCUUUACACACAGUAUUUUACCAACCAAUUUCAAGUGCAAAAUUCAAGAUUCAAAUUAAAUGUAACUGUGAAAACUCUGAGUGUAAAAAUUUUACUAAGGAAAAACUUGGAUGUUGUUUAUGUGAUUAUAGUUGUGUCAAAUCUGAAACGUUGUUGAAACAUAUUACAAAAGAACAUUCCAUCAAGUUUCCAAAAGUGUGUUGUGAUAAACAUUACACCACAAUGGAGGAAUACGUCGAUCAUAUCAAUUUUAAACAUCAAACCAACACAAAGAGUGCAAUAGAACAUCAACCGUUAAAGAGAUUAUGUUUAUCUAAACCAGAAAAACCAGUAAAGCUCAGCUCCUCUGCAAAUACAUCUUUACAGCAUGUCAUUACUCCUCAAAAUGAUACAUUGGAGUGCAAGAAUGUCUUUCAUUUGAUCAAAUUCAAACCAGAUGUAAAUAUUUCAAAACUCAACAACCAAUAA